CUGAGAUGUGGUAAUAAAAGGUAAAUCACAUUAAAAGUAUCAACCUUUAUCAUCCCCAACUACAAACCAUAGCCUCAAACACACAUCUGAAACAGAUCUUCGUCCUCUUCUUGUCUCUUUAGUAUCAUCUCUUGUCCUAAUGGGCAUGGAGUACGAUCAAGAUUCAGGAUCGUCCUCCCACUCCUUACCUUCCCUCCGCUCCUCCUCAAACUCCUUAUACAUCCCUAGAGAAGACACACCACUCCUCGGCCCAAGAACUCUCUCCUCACAGCCCAAAACAUUCGCAAACGUCUUCAUCGCCAUCGUGGGCGCAGGUGUCCUUGGCCUCCCUUACACGUUCAAGAAAACAGGAUGGCUCUUAGGUCUCUUAACACUCUUCUUUGUAGCAUCCCUCACUUUCUUCUGUAUGAUGCUCCUCGUCAGGACACGACGCAAGCUCGAGUCCAUGUCAGGUUUCUCCAGCAUCACUUCCUUUGGAGAUCUCGGUGAAUCUGUGUGUGGACCCUUUGGUCGUCUCAUCGUUGAUGUGAUGCUUGUGUUGUCUCAAGCCGGGUUUUGUGUUAGUUACUUGAUAUUUGUGGCGACCACGAUGGCUAAUUUGCUUAGUCAUAGUACAGAACAUAUCUUGGGGCUUGAUCCGAGUUCUGUUUAUAUGUGGGGGUGUUUCCCUUUUCAGCUGGGGCUUAACUCGAUUCCCACGUUGACCCAUUUGGCUCCUCUGAGUAUAUUCGCUGAUGUUGUUGAUGUUGCGGCUACUUUGGUGGUUAUGGUUCAGGAUGUGUUUAUUUUUGUUAAAAACAGACCUCCUUUGAGAGUCUUUGGAGGGUUCUCUGUGUUCUUUUAUGGGUUGGGAGUUGCUGUGUAUGCGUUUGAAGGGAUUGGAAUGGUACUUCCUUUGGAACUUGAAGCUAAAUACAAAGACAAGUUUGGUAGAGCAUUGGGGCUAGCCAUGGGAUUAAUCUCAAUCAUGUACGGAGCGUUUGGGUUGCUAGGGUACAUGGCUUAUGGAGAUGAGACUAAAGACAUCAUCACCACAAACUUAGGGACAGGUUUGGUGAGCACUCUUGUUCAGCUAGGUUUAGCAAUCAACCUUUUCUUCACAUUUCCUCUCAUGAUGCAUCCUGUCUAUGAGGUCAUAGAGCGUCGUCUCUGCAGCUCUAGUUACUCCAUAUGGGUGCGUUGGUCCACUGUUCUGGUGGUCACUCUCGUUGCCCUGCUUGUCCCUAACUUUGCAGACUUCUUGUCUCUUGUUGGGAGCAGUGUCUGUGUGGUGUUGGGAUUUGUUUUGCCAUCGCUCUUUCAUUUACAGGCUUUUAAAGAGGAGUUGAGCCUUGCAAGCAAGGUGGUGGAUGUUGUUAUUUUCCUCAUUGGUGUUAUGAUUGCUGUGACUGGGACAUGGACAGCUGUUAUUGAGAUCAUGACAUCUAAGGCUUGAUCACUUUUUUCUUUUGGAUUGGAAUAUUCUUGUUAGUAGUAGAAACAAGAAGAGAAGAAGACAUUGUUUGUUAUUUUCUGUUGCCUCUCCCUUUCCACACUUGUUGUUGAGUCUUUUAUUACUAUUUUGUAAGAAAGACUCUUGAAGAGAUAACCAAUAAAACAAGUAUUCUUAAGAGUGUGACUAGAUUUUGACAUGCGCUUUUUAAAGUGCGAGAUUUAUUAUGUUAUAUUCAGUUGUGUUGUGUUAAUUCUAUGUUUUAUAUAAAAAGAGAUGGUUU